CGAGCAACGUGCAAUGAGAAGCAGGCAACGAUUAAGAUUGUGAUGGGAUAAAUUGAGCAUUUGCCUUGUCGUGCAGGACGGUCUUGUGUUGUCCUUCAGCGAUCCGAUCCGCUUACGCCUGUGCAACGAUUUCGACGUUUGGUGCUAUAUUACACACGUCGCCUCCGCCCUUUCCUCAGCCUGACGCCUAGUUACUUAGUCUUGACUGAGAGGAACACUAGACAUUCUACAUACUUUUACUAAAGACAUCGCAUCUCAGGGGUCUUCUUUGAAUCUACAUCGAAAUCCCUGUUUAACAUGGGCUCUAAUCAGGACCUACCGUGGAGCCGCCGCAUCAUCAUCUGCUGCGACGGUACCUGGCAGUCCAGCGUUGAUAUCAAGGAGAACGUACCUUCCAAUGUCACCAAGCUAUGUCGACACAUUGCCCGCAUUGGCCACGACAAAAACAACCCCAGCAAGAAAUUCCAUCAAUUGGUUUACUACGACAGCGGCGUCGGCACAGGCAACAUAUCAAGUUCCGAAAAGAGGCGACAAGGUGGCUUGGGGGCCGGCCUAGCAGAGAACGUCAUCGAAGCGUACAACUUCAUCGUUUUGAACUAUGAGCCUGGCGAUGAAAUCUUCUGUUUCGGGUUCUCGAGGGGCGCCUACACCGCGAGAGCCGUUGCGGGCUUGGUGACGGAUAUCGGCGUCAUCAAACCGCUUGACAUGCAAGUAUUUCCAGCAAUCUAUCGAGCGUACAAGCGAAAUGAGGAGGGUAAAGAGUUUCGGGAUACCGACGAGUGGAAAGAGUUUAUCAAUGGCAAGCUUAGCCAACGAGGGCACGACCUGAGCGCAAGCCAACGCAACAAUGGGGCCAUAAACCGAGCCCAAAGCUGGGAAAUCCCACCCCAUGGCGACCUGUCUGGGAGCGAGCAGAGCCGCAAAGUCAAAGUCGUUGGUGUUUGGGAUACGGUUGGCAGCUUGGGUAUUCCCGAUGUGGCAAUCUUCGACAACUCCAACCUUCGCACCAAGCAUGGAUUUCAUAAUGUCAAGCUCAACGGUAGUAUCGAGCAUGCUUUCCAUGCACUGGCGCUGGACGAGAAACGAAAAGCCUUCCGUCCAACGCUGUGGUAUAUCCCUAAUGAGUUGAUCAAAGAGGGCAAACCGCUCCCAGAGUUGAAGCAAGUUUGGUUCCCAGGAGUGCACAUCAACUCAGGCGGCGGAUCAGACGAUUGCAUUACAGAGAUGAAGGGAGAUUUAGAGCAUCUUGCAAUGACGAGCUUCUGCUGGAUGCUGCAAUGCAUAUCACCUUAUCUCACAAUCGACCAAACUGCGUUCCAUUCAUCAAUGGAGCAAUACCAGCGCUGGCUCGACACAGUCCGCUAUAAUUGCACCUACCACCAUGAAACCAUGUUCGAUUGGGUGAAGAAGAAGAUCCCCAACAUCCCGAUCAUCAACCCCGCCGACGAUGAACUUGCUCCGCCAAAACGAGACCCCGCGCAUGUUCAUUCCAAUUUCGACUACGGCUGGGGAACAGGACCAAUUGUGGACUCGUACAGUGGCAUGUACCGUCUGGCAGGAGUUUAUCCGCGCGUACCGGGCCACUGCCAGGCUGAGAUCUACGAAGACGCAGGUAAAGAGUACAAGCUUCAAGAUGUCGCCAAGUAUGGCCAGACGAAUGAGUACAUCCAUCCAGUCUGCCAUUACCGCGAUGUUGUGCGAGGCCCAGAACUCCAGUCUGCACUCAAAGAUUGGACCCGCAAUUUCGAGCCUGAGGAGCAUGGCAAGGGUAGGUUCUGGUGGCGCAUCAAGGAUGAGAAGAAAGCAUUGCCCGAGUGGGUGAUUUUGAAGCAUGAGAAUGAUGAAGUGAACUUCGAAAGAGCAUGGUACAACCACUGCGAAAAGACGGACCAAUCUCUUGCUAAGUUGAAGAAGAGUGGCUACGUCAAAGAUUUUCUGGCGACACUAGAUGAAAGGGUGGAUUUCACGGUCAAGGAUCGGGACGCUGAUGUGUAUCCAUGAAUGAGGUUCUGUUGCGGAAGAAAAUGGUUUUAUGGCGCUCUAUAUCUAUUUGUUUGAUACUACAGUAAU